AAACCCUGCCUCCGAAAUCGACUCUCCUUGUCUGACGUCACCGAAGAGAUGUGGACAAACGAACAUCUGGCCGCCAUGGACCAGUUCCUGAAGGACGUCACCCAAACCAUGAUUGUAUUUUACGUCGACGAAUUCGCCGGCUUGAAAGUGGAGCCGGUCAUGCCUCACCAGGAGCAAAAACAGCUGGCCUACUUCAUCCGCCAGGAGAACGCCGAAAUUACGGAGGAGAACUUCCACGAAGUGGUGCAGUUCGGCUCGGUGCGCCGUCCGUACAUCGAUUCCCUGAUGCGAGUGCUCAACGCCGCCUAUCUGCCCCGCCUCUUCCGCAAAGGCGCCUGGCCGGAGAGCAUCAAAAACGAAUUUUUCUCCGAAAUUUAUCAUUUCAUGACCACCCUGACAGAUACCCACUUCAAGAUGAAGGGUCGCACCGUCCUUUACAUCCCAAUCGAAUCCUUCACCAUCACCCCCGAGAUGGCCCUGAAGGACAAGGCUGCGGUCCAACGCCUGGAGA